UGUAUUUUAUUAUUAUUUUUCAUAAAUUUCUUGUUUGAAACUAACUGCCCUCCCUGGAAUCUGUUUUGCUUUGUUUUAAGGGAUUAUUUCCCUUUCUUAGUGUUGAACAAACUAUUCUUUAAGGUUGGUUGAUAAUUGUUUGAACAACAACAGAAGUGUUCUAUAACUGCUUCGAUUGGAACCUGCAGUUUUACAUCUAUGUUACUUCACACAAAAUUCAUUGAAAAAUGUUACACGAAUAACCUAUGUAAAUGAAAUAUUGAUAAUGGAAUAUAUAUUUAAUAUCAGGGUAUUAAAAUUUUGUACAGCCCUUCCUAUCUGAUAGAAAAGGAUCCCAUGAUCCUGAACCGAUCUUACUUGGGAUCGCAAAUCCCAAGUUUGUCUAUGAAGAGCAGAUUGAAAAAUGUUACACGAGCAACCGAUGUAAAAUGAAAUAUUGAUAAUGGAAUAUAUAUUUAAUAUCAGGGUAUUAAAAUUUUGCAAAGUAGUUCAAAUUGUUGUCUCAGUAAGUAUUCGGAUAAUCUAAUAUGUCACGCUUAGAGAAUUACCAUAGUUGGGUUUGUGGUUCAGUUUGUAUCUUGGAAGUGCCUAUAAUUUAUGUUUCCUAGUUCAUUUGUAUCUUUUCAACAGGUUCUAUAAAUUUGGGAGUCAAAGGAACAAAGCAGACUCUAGUGAAAUUUUGACAAAUUUUUUUUUUUUUACGGAAAGAAGCCCACCCAAAUUUUGCAAUCCUGGCUCUGUCUCUGGUUGUUACCGACAGCAUAAGCUUCCAUGGAGAUUUCCUCAAACAACACAAACGUCUUCUGCAACUUCUGCAUGCAUGCUCAAGGGUUCGUUCCCUUAGAGCAACAAAACAACUCCAUGCUCUCAACAUCACGAUGGGUCCGUCUCCAACCCAACCCACUUUUGUCUACAAUAAUAUCAUGUCUCAAUAUUCGUCACUUGGGGAAUUGUCAGUUGCUCGUUACUUGUUUGAUAAAAUGCCUCAUAGAAACGUUGUGUCAUAUAAUAUCAUAAUUAGUGGUUAUAGUAGAUGUGGGUAUGUAGGGGAAGCUUGCAAAAUAUUUUCUGUGAUGAGAGUUUGUGGGUUUGAGCCAACUCAGUAUGCAGUUGGUGGGUUUUUGACAUGUAGGUCAUUGGAUGUUUAUCAUGGGGUUCAAUUGCAUUCUUUGGUAAUAAAGAAUGGACUAUUUGAUGUAGAUGCUUUUGUGGGGACUUGUUUGUUGGGAUUUUACGGAAGGCAUGGGUUGUUAGAGGAAGCAGUUUGGGCAUUUGAGGAUAUGCCUUGUAAGAGCUUGGUAACAUGGAAUUCACUGAUAUAUUUGCUUGGAAAUCACGGUUUUGUUAAAAAUUGUGUGUUUUUAUUUCGGGAACUAGUGAGGAUGCAUUGUACUUUGUCUGAAGGUUCUUUUGUGGGUGUUUUUUCAGUAUUGUCAUGCCAGCAAGACUUUGAAUUUGGGGAACAACUGCAUGCUUUAGUCAUAAAAAAUGGGUUUAAGUGUGAAGUUGCAGUGUUGAACUCUCUUAUAAGUAUGUAUAUGAAGUGCACUGGCAUAUUCUUGGCUGAGAAAAUUAUUGAAGAGGUGACUUUUCUGGAUGUGGUAUCAUGGAAUACUAUGAUUGGUGCGGUAGCAAAAACUGAUAGACCUCAAAAAGCAUUAGAAUUCUUUACUAAAAUGUCCAUGGAUGGAGUUUUGCCUACUGAGACCACAUUUGUUAGCCUUAUAAACUGUUGUACGCAUUUGGAGAUUCCAUUCUAUGGAGAGUCCUUUCAUGUUAAGAUAAUCCAGCAUGGUUUGGAAUCUAAUGUUUUUGUAGGUAGUGCAUUGGUUGAUUUUUAUGCUAAAUGUGAUAACUUGGAAAGUGCCCGACGCUGUUUUAAUGAGAUCUAUGUGAAAAAUGUGGUUUGCUGGAAUGCUUUGAUUUUGGGUUACUCUAAUAAUUAUUCCCCUGCAUCCAUAGUCUUACUGCAAGAAAUGCUUCAUUUAGGUUACCGACCUAAUGAGUUCUCAUUUUCAGCUGCGCUUAAGUCAUCAUUGGCAUUAGAGCUCCAGCAGCUGCAUUGCUUAAUUGUAAGAAUGGGAUUUCAGAAACACGAGUAUGUGUUGAGCUCUCUUAUAACCUCAUAUGCCAAAAAUGGUCUCAUAUCUCAUGUCCUUGUCUUUCUCACAGAUUCUGAUGGUCUUCUUGCUGCAGUUCCGUCUAAUGUCAUUGCUGGAAUUUAUAACAGAAUUGGGAGAUAUAAUGAAACUCUAAAAUUUCUUUCUCUACAUGAAAAACUUGACAUUGUAUCCUGGAACAUUGUGAUUGCAGCUUGUGCCCGCAGCGGUUAUUACGAAGAGGUAUUUGAGCUUUACAAACAGAUGCAUUUGAUUCAAGUCCUGCCAGACAAUUAUACGUUUGUCAGCCUUCUAAGUGUGUGCGCAAAACUUUGCAAUUUUUCUUUGGGCAGUUCUCUUCACGGUUAUAUCAUUAAGAUAGAUUUCAGUUCUUGUGACACAUUUGCAUGCAACGUUUUAAUUGACAUGUAUGGGAAAUGUGGUAGUGUGGACAGCUCAGUGAAAAUCUUUGAAGAAAUAAAAGAAAAAAAUUUAAUCACAUGGACAGCUCUAAUUUCUGCACUUGGACUUAAUGGUUAUGUUCAUGAGUCAUUAGAACGUUUCAGAGAAAUGAUACUCUUGGGCUUUAAGCCUGAUGGAGUAGCUUUUACUGCAGUUCUUACAGCUUGCAGGCAUGGCGGGUUAGUGAGAGAUGGGAUGGAGUUAUUUGGGAAAAUGAAAAUGGAUUAUGGUGUUGAACCAGAAAUGGAUCAUUACCAUUGCAUGGUUGACUUGUUGGCUAAAUGUGGACAUGUUACGGAAGCAGAGACAGUGAUUUCCAACAUGCCCUUCCCACCAAAUGUCAUUACAUGGCGUAGUUUCCUUGAAGGCUGCAAGACUCAUGGAGCUGCAAUGGACCAAGCAGUAGGACAUCUUUAAUUGUGAGUCAGACUAGAGGAAUUCCUUGUAACGUCUAUGCAUUGGUGGUGCUUCUUUGAGCACGUGAGUUACUAGUCCUACCUUCCAGUUUUGAUCCUUCUUUGAACAGAUCCUGUAUGAGUCCUACCUUUUGGGUGGAUUUAUAAUUUUGGUAGGUAAGGCUACUCUGAGCUUUAAACAUCGGAAACUAAAAAGAGUUGAGGCAAUGAAGCAUUGCCUUUUCCUUUUCUUUUUGGCUUGAUUUCAGGUGAAAAUACUUCUCAUGCGAAUUGUGGACCCUAUAAUUCCAUUACCAUUUCAGCCCCGCCCCCUCCUCCUUAUUUGAUUGCAAUGCUGUCCAUUGCACAAAUUUCAGGUCACCAUUGUCCUAUUGGAUAAUGUGUGUAUUUUGAGGAUGUCAUGUCAGAUGUGCUUGCAUUUCGAAGACAUCUGCAUGAGUACAGAAACAAGAUUCAAGUACUGUCAACUAAGGGUGAACAAAAGGCCUUUCCAAUGCAAUGUGUUGUUUAGCAGGGUAUGAUAAGUGUUUUAGUGGUUCCUUUCCAAGAGGUUGGCUUAACAGGGUCCUCAUUUAUGUGAAAGAAAAUUUGGUUGGUAUUCAAUUUUCUCAACCAGGGGGUUUGUCAAAUUUUGUAGAUCAGAAGAGCUACAGGUCAACAUGCAUGUUGGUGUUAUUAGUGGUUUCUCGAGUGAUUUUUUCUUAAAGAUUAAUCUGUUUGCUGGGUUUUACAGUGAAUUAGUUUGACGGGCCUAGAGUUUAGAAACCCACAAACAACAUAUCUUUGGGUUUUCACCUGAAAAGCUCAAAGGAAAAGCCUCAUACUCGAAGAAAUAGAUGUAGUACGACAGAGUGGGCUAAACUUUUCAGCAAUUGUGUAGAAAAAGUUUAAACAUCACUAGCAUCUAUCAUACAAUUAUCAUUUGGAGCCUAUCAUUAGCGAACUGUUGGGAAUUUUUAUAUAUGUACUUCUAACUAGGAAAAUGUAUUCUUUAAUUGCAAUUUUGUAGUUCGGACAACAAUGUGUUCCAAAUGACUCAUUGCAUUUAGUCAUUUCAAGUGUAAUACAUCUAAUUAUUUCAAAUAUAUUCAAUCCAAUAGUGUCAAGUCCAAA